CCAACAUCCAUUCUCAUUUUCUCUUUCUCAGCGCCCGCAACUGACCAGCCUGUCUCCCAGCUGCAAGAGCGGAGAACGAACAACCAUAUUUCUACAGGUGACGCGUAUCAAACGAGCAUUUACCAUCAACUCAUCGUUACACUUCGCCCCUCGCCCAUCCAUCUUUAUUCGCCAUGUCGGCUACUAACGCGGACGUGCAAACGUCCACGACCUCAUCCUUCGUCGCGGCGCUUGUCGUGGCAGGUAUCACGGUCGGAGCUUUCUCAGCUCUCUGGCUCGUCCUCCACGGAAGGAAAGACCUGCAGAGGGUUUUCCAGCCCAGGACAAUCCUUCCUCCUGAGAGCAAACGACCUCAACCUCUCCCAUCGGGUAUAAUAGCGUUUUGGAAAACGUUGAUCCAAACACCGGAUCAGGACAUCAUUACUUCCAAUGGUCCCGAUGCCUACUUUUACGUCCGCUUCCUCAAGGUCUUUGGUUUUCAAAUGCUUAUCCCCUACGAAAUCCUCACUUGUGCGAUCCUUAUUCCUGUUUCUGUUAUUUCUCCUAACCAGGGGAACACGGGCUUAAACAAGUUGACUUUCGGCAACGUUGGUGAAACAGACCAGAUCAGGCAUGUUGCCCAUUUCCUUGUCGCUAUUGUCUUGAUGAGCUGGACCGUUUACUUGAUCUGGAGAGAGUACAAUCACUUUGUCGAUGUUCGACAAACUUGGUUGACCACUCCACAGCACUUGUCUCUUGCGCGCGCUAGGACCAUUGCCAUCACCAACAUCCCUGACAGCCUCAACUCUUCCACUGGCAUCAAGGAGCUCGCUGGUGUCGUCUCUCGUGUCGGUGCUGGUAACGGCUCUGGCACCAAUCUUCUUGCACUUGCCAACCCCUUCUCUCGUCAAUCUACCGCUACUGAGAACACCGGUGCCACUGGCGACUCUGAAGGUGGUGUAAGGCGCGUUUGGUUGACUCGCAAGUGCAAGAACGUCGAGAAAGUUUGGAAGGAGCGAGAUGCCGAGUGUGCCAGGCUCGAAGGUGGUGUUGCCAAGCUCCAGAAGCGCGCUGCGAAGAAUGUCCGCAAGGGCAAGACCCCCGAGACGCAAGGCAAAUACGAUGCUGAAUCUUCUGGUGGUGAUCUCAUUGACCGCUAUGUCCUCCCCAAGAAGCGUCCUUCGUGGAAACAAGGUCUUCUUGGUCUUAUCGGUCAGAAGCAGAACCUCGAGACCUCCCCCGACUACAUCCACGAGCACAAUGUCAAGCUCGACGAGUUACGUGAAGGUAUUGAGGAUCUUCCUCAAGGCAACACUGCGUUCAUCCGAUUCUCUUCUCAGUUCGAGGCUCACGCCUUCGCUAAGCUGGCAAGCAAAACUGACAAGUCCAACAUGCACAUCCGUGGCGGUAUCGAAGUCGUCCCUGAAGAUAUUGAAUGGUCCAACAUCUCUAUGAGCCCUUGGGAACGUCACGCCCGAACUAUCGUCUCUUGGUGUCUCACUGUUGGCUUGAUCAUUGUCUGGGCCAUCCCUGUUGCCUUUGUCGGUAUGAUCUCCAACGUUGAUACCCUUUGUGCCAAUGCCAGCUGGCUGGCUUGGAUCUGUGAACUGCCCCCUGCCGCCCUUGGUAUCAUUAAGGGUGUUCUUCCUCCUGCGUUGCUUGCUGUCCUCUUCAUGCUCUUGCCUGUCGUUCUCCGUUUGAUGGUCAAAAUGCAGGGUGAGAUCCGAAAGAGCGACAUUGAGCUCAAACUCUUCAGCCGAUUCUGGCUCUUCCAGGUCAUUCAUGGUUUCCUUAUCGUCACUCUUGCUUCCGGUUUGAUCAAUGCUCUCGGCAAUUUGGGCGACACUGCCGGUGAAGUCCCCACCUUGCUUGCCACCAAGCUUCCUGGUGCUUCCAUCUUCUUCUUGACCUUUAUCCUUACCGCCACCUUGUCCGGUGCCGCCAAGACCUACGCUCGUUUGGUUCCUUGGAUCAUGUACUUGCUCCGUGACAUUUUGGCCGGUGGCACUCCCCGAAAAGUUUACUUGAAGAAGUACAAAAUGGACUCCUUCACUUGGUCGACUGCCUUCCCUCCUACCUGUCUUAUCAUUUGCGUUACCAUUGUCUACUCUGUCAUCCAGCCUAUUAUCACUGUGCUCGCCUUGGUCGCCUUCAUCCUUCUUUACUGCGCCAACAAGUAUGUCAUCCACUGGUGUGCUGACCAGCCCGACGCUGCCGAGACUGGCGGUCUGUACUACAUCAAGGCUCUCAGGACCGUCUUCGUGUCUCUUUACAUUCAAGGUGUCUGUAUGGCUGGUUUGUUCUUCCUUUCUACCGAUGAAAAUGGAAACAGGUCCAAGAGUGGUUUGGGAUGCGGUGCCGUCAUGUGUGUUAUGAUCGUCUGCAUUGCUGUCAUCCAGAUUUACAUCGACUGGUUCCGAUUCACCAAGCCUUACCUCAUUUUUGUGCACAACACCCCCUCCGUUCCCCAUUCUUCUUCUGUCGAGCCCAAGGUUGGCGGCGCCACCGACUCACCUGAUGAAAAUGCGGUCGCCGGCCCCGAGCUCGGCAACACCUCUGGCUUCCACAAUCGUGCCUUUGACCACCCCGCCUUGUGGAAGAAGCAGCCCGUCAUCUGGGUUGCCGCAGACCCGCAUGGUUUGGGUGCGUUUGAGGUUGAGCAGAUCAACGCCAAGGGCGUGGAGGCGAAUUUGGAGUAUGCGGUCAUGACUGAGAAGGGAGCGAUUGACGUGGAGAGGUCUCCUCCUGAUGAGGCUUGGUAUGAGGGAUUCACUGCGUAAUUCGUUUUCAGGAUUUGGUAAAUAUAAUUUAUGGUGUAAAGAGAGGAGAUGUGAACACACGAUAAGAAGUUAUACCUGUUUUGAUAUCGAUACCAAAUAGAAGUAUCUGUUUUCUUUCUCCAUACACGGUCGUACGGAUGUUUAUUUCCGAGUCUAUAUUAUUUUAUCGACAUUAUGAAUGUGAGCGCGCUGUUUACCU